AUGGCAGGGCCCUCAGGGAAGUACCCGCGCCGGCUCAGUAGGCUAACGGCAGGCGCCUUCCCAGGAGAGCCCGGCGGGCAAAGGCGCCUGGUACCCCGGGUCCCCGGGUCCUCCACAGAGGGCGAUUCAGAGGCGGCACCUGGUGCCCAGGGCCGCCGAGAGCGGCUGUCCACACGGGACGGUCUGGGCAGCUCGGGUGACCUUGGGGAGACCCCUUUACGCGACCUCUCGGAGGAAGGCUGCAUGGACUCAGUCCAUCCUAGGCGCUCGGGGGCGCUCCUCCGGCCAGAGUCGAUGCGCGGGACUCAGGAGGAGAGGCGCGCUCCAGGCGCGAGGGGACCCAGCCGCGGGCGCACGGCGGCCCUUCGGGGAGGCAGGGAGCGCUCCCGGCGCCCUGCCACCGCCUGCGGGGACCGAGCGCCGCCACGCGAGGGGGCGGCGCCCCCGUGCCAGCCCCGAGGCUGGGAGCCCGGACUGUCUGAAGGCUGCCUCAGAGCCCAGAAUCCGCCAAGAAGCCCCCUGCCCGCCCCAAGAUCCUGCUACGGAGACCCCAGCCAGCAACCUGCCAGUGCGCCCCGUACCCUGGCCUCGUCUCUGGCGCGCAAGACCCGGGAGAACGCCCCCAACCCAGCCCAACUCCCCAGCCCUGCUCGCCUGGUACCCGCCUUUCCAGUCUCCCUCCCGCCCCCCCCACCCCCGCCACCCAGUUAUCUCCUGCCGCCGGCCCUUAGCCAAAGCUCCACACACACCCCCAGCCAGACCCUCAGAGGCUGGGUCCACCUCCGCGCCGCGAUCCUCAACUCCCGCCUGGUCAAGCCGCAGAGCGCAGGGCAGCCGCCGGGGAACUCACCCGCUCUCCCGAGCCCUGCCCCGGGCGGCUCCCGGCCCUGGCUGGGUCCUUCCGUCCCCGAGCCGCAGCUGCUGGUGCGGCAACAGAAGCCAGCUCUGCACGGCCGCCGGCCUCCGCGCCGCCCCUCGGCUCCUCCCCCGGGGCGGGGCCUGAGCUCGCGGGAAGGGGGUGGGCACGCUCUCGGCUCGACCUGGACGGCACCCGAGCUGCCGGCAAGGGUCUCCUAUCACCCUCCACCACCACCUUUGAGCAGCUAG